UGGGAAAGGAGUAACGAGUGUCGCUGUCCCAGCCGCCGCUCCACAACACGCACAUUUUCUUCGCCUCGCGAUGGACUUUAUCAAUGUGUUCAUUGAUUCCAUGCCGUUUUCCAUAGAUUUGAGUUAUAUGGAGCGCGUCGUCAUAUUACUUUGCGUUGGUUUAUGCACUUUUAAAAUCACAUCACUUCUCAUCAAAAGAAGCAAUUUGGUGCGGCACCUUAAAGCUUUCCCUGGACCCCCAGCGCACUGGUUCUUCGGACAUGCAUUGGAGAUGAAACGCGACGGUACAGAAUUUGACAAGUCGGUGGCCUGGGGAGUGAGAUUCCCCUUUGCAUUCCCCGUUUGGUUUGGUCCGUUUCUAUCCAUCCUUAAUCUCCACCACCCGGACUACGUUAAGACCCUCCUUGCCUCGACAGAGCCAAAAGAUGAUAUUGCAUACAGAUUCAUUAAACCAUGGAUUGGAGACGGUUUGCUGGUGUCUUCAGGCCAGAAGUGGUUCAAUCACAGACGGCUUCUCACACCAGGAUUUCACUACAAAAUACUGAAGCCAUAUGUGAAGACGAUGGCAGACUGUAGCAGGCUGAUGUUGGACAAAUGGGAAGGUUACAGUCAAACCAACGAGUUCUUUGAGGUGUUUGGUCCUGUAAGCCUCAUGAGCCUGGACAACAUCAUGAGGUGUGCAUUCAGCAACAACAGCAACUGCCAGAACGAAGGAGAAACCAACACGUACAUCAAGGCGGUGUACGAGCUAAGUGACCUGGUCAACAUGCGCAUCAGGGUGUUCCCGUACCACAGCGACCUCAUCUUCUACCUCAGCCCUCAUGGCUUCCGCUUCCGCAGGGCUUGCCGCGUGACCCACCGCCACACAGAGGAAGUGAUAAGGAAGAGGAAGGAGGAACUGAUGGAGGAGGCCAAGUCAGAGCAAACCCAAGCCAAGAGGAAUCUGGACUUCUUGGACAUCCUCCUCUGUGCCAGGGAUGAGGACGAUAACGCCCUGUCAGACGAGGUCAUCCGGGCGGAGGUGGACACCUUCAUGUUCGAGGGCCACGACACCACGGCCAGCAGCAUCUCCUUCCUCAUGUACAGCCUGGCCAGCCACCCCCAGCACCAGAAGAUCUGCCGAGAGGAGAUCCUGCAGGUCCUGGGGGACAAGGAGACACUGGACUGGGACGAUCUUAGUAAGAUUCCUUACACCACCAUGUGUAUAAAAGAAUCGUUACGGCUUUACCCCGCUGUUCCUGGAAUAUCUCGGAAACUUACCAAGACCAUGACCUUCAUCGAUGGCAGAAGUAUGCCUGAAGGGAGUUAUAUUGGAGCAGGUUUAUAUUCUCAUCACAGGAACAGUACGAUCUGGGAGAACCCUAAGGUCUUUGACCCCCUGCGCUUCCUGCCAGAGAACGUUUCCAAGAGGCACCCCCACGCCUUCCUUCCCUUCUCCGCUGGACCCAGGAACUGCAUUGGUCAGAACUUUGCCAUGAACGAGAUGAAGGUGGUGAUAGCUCAUACGCUGAGGCGCUACCAGCUGAUGGCGGACCCCGCCAGACCCCCGAAGGUGGCCGCCCGACUGGUGCUCUGCGCUCUCAAUGGCAUUUACAUUAAGAUCAAACCACUGCAGCCAGGGGCCACUACACGUCUGUCCAUGAAGAUGCCUUGAAGAUAAAAUGAAUGUAUGAUAGAUACCUUACCUCUUAUUUGCACCAGUUUGAUGUACGUCAAAUUAAAUUAUUAAAUUAAAUCAAUCAUUCAAUCAAAAUAGAGUUCACUAGAACGUCCUCUAACUGAAUAGUUUGUGUGAUGCCGUUACAUUGCCUGCACUGAGAGGCAUACAAUUCAAAUCAAAACACAUGGCACAACUAUUUAAUGAAUGGAAUUAUAUUAAUAAUCGAAUAAACCCUAUAUCAAGGAUAUGACUGAAUGGGAUUUAACAGUUUAAAACCAUAAUGCUUAAUUGGAAGCGAGGGGAUUGAAACCUAAAUCAUAUUGGAAUAUCAAAUUUUCAUUCGAUUGAAUUGUUAUAACAUAGUAUAUAAUUUGAAAGUCCUCAGAAAAUAUUUACUUUUGUCAAUUUGGUUAAAACUUACUAAAAAUAUAAAUCAUUAGAUAACUUUGAAAACGUUUGUAUCUCUAGUUAACUGCCAUAUCGCCUCAUUCACUUGUAUUGUCAGGAAUGCGUUUGAAACAUUUCAAAGCAUAUGCACCACGAUACCAAAAAAUAAAUAUUGUAAUAUGA